UCUCUGUUUAUGCGAACAGCCUAGGCUAAUAAAUAGCCCGCGACUUUCGUGAUGAAUAGCACAGAGCGUCGACUUACGACCACGAGGAAAAGCGAAUAUUUGCCCAACGUGCGCAAGUUUAUCCGACGUCGUGGUAGAGGGGUCAGCUGAUACUCCAUUGGCUCACCACAACGGAGUACGCUCGCUCGCUGGGUUCUGGUCGAUGCUGCUAAAAGCCGCGGCGGAGCCAGACAACUAGUCGUCAGAGAAGCGCCUAUCGACCGGCCGGUUUCUCAAGAGAGCGGAGCCCGUCCUCGAUUGAACGUAUUCGCGACAGAACGUGUUCUCUCUGCGAGUCAAUGCUGAAGAACCGACGAGUAGUAUCACGAGAAGUCUUCUCAAGCAUCCGUUGAAAUUUCUCCCGGCUGGGUGUAUCUACCUACACCGAUAGUGCGUCCAUCCGGUUUUGUCGAAAGGUAGCGGGAAACGGAAAAAUCAGUCUCUCACUGCGACGAAGAGUGAGCGCGACUUCAGGCUCGGAAGCAAGGCGUUGCUAUGUAAAUUAGCAGCAGGUGUAUACCGUCGCGCGCGCGCGCGCACUGCCGUCGACACCAGCUGGGAAUAUCAUCGUCGAUAGCAAGAGUGCUGUGAGUGACAGAGGAUCACGCGGCACACCAACCAGAGACCUGGGCUUUUCUCUGACCGAUCCCAAGGAAGUUCGCAAACUGGCUCCGGAGGUGAGGAUCAAGCAAAUUGGAAUGAGGGAGGAUCUGUCGUCUAUAAUACGGCACACGAGCAGCGACCACUUUUCGGAAGAACUUUAGCCGAACCAGGAAGCGGAGGAACCAGACUGACGCGAUAACGCGCCAUUAGAGUAGAAGCGGCGGCACGUGAUCGGGCUUCCUUUUCUAUCGGGCGAUACUUUAAUCAACCAUCGACCGGUCAUACAUUAAUAGAAGAGAUAAGGAAGGGAGAAAGAACCCAGUGAACCGGUUUCCCUCCCUAAUAAGGGUCUCUCGGUUAUGCCCUGGGUCGUCGCGUGUUUUGAUUUGCCGGCGACUCCGUUACUGGGUUAUUGUAUCGCGCUCAGGAAGCUUGCCCUGCAGGUCGGUGUUCUGCGAGAGAAAAAAAUUCAUCUUGUUGGAAAGCAAACGUCCAAGACGGAGGUACUCCUGAACGCCGGCAUCACAACCAACAUGGUCCCUAAUACGGAAGAGCAACGUCAAGAGCCCGGCAAAGAGAAGGCCACUGCGAGAAUGCCGGGAGUGGCGAAGUCAUCGCGUAAAUUUGCGGGAGUUGUCAUAGCCACUUGUGGUUUACCGGCUUGCGGAAAAAGCCAGAUAGGAAAGAGCCUUGCUCGCCGACUCAACUGGAAUGGCAUUCCCACGAAAGCGUUCCACGUGAUCGAUUAUCGAAGAAAGCAGCCUGAAUCUGAAACAUCUCAUGAUCUCACGUUCUUCCGAUUAGAUCAUACGACGAGCAACACUAUAAGAAUCCUCGCACAGAGAGAUGCCAUGCAAGAUUGCGCGGCGUGGCUCGCGUCUGGCAAUACUGUAGCGAUCCUCGACGCUAUGCUGAUCACGAAAGCGGAGCGCACGGAAGUCUACGACUAUUUCUCCGGUCAACUCGGUUAUCGGGUCCUUUUCAUCGAGUGCGUUUGCUGUGACUCAAAGGUCCUACAGCAUAACCAACAAGAGAUCGUGAAACACAACGCCGACUACGCCGACGCGGAUACCGCUUUGGUCGCGGAGUACCUACGCUCGAAGAUCGCUUAUUAUGCCGAAUUGUACGAGCCUAUGUACGAGAGAUCCUACCCCAGAAUCAAGAUUGACACCGCUACUAUGGAUAUCGAGACUUGCCAGGUCUCCGGUCAUAUUGAAACUAAGGUGCUCGGAUAUCUUGGAGACAUCAUCCUUAAACCGCACACUCUUUAUUUCUCAAGACACGGCGAAAGCGAAUACAACGUGCUCGGCAAAAUCGGCGGCGACGCAGUGUUAAGCGGCAGGGGUGAGCGAUACGCACAGGCGUUGUCGAACAAGUUCAACGCCAUGCGCAUCCCUGAUCUUCGAGUUCUCACCAGUCGCUUUCGCAGAACAAUUGCAACGGCGCGGGGCAUCGAGGCUCCUCAAGAGCACGUGGCCGCUUUGAAUGAGCUUCACGCGGGGGUGUGCGAGGGCCUCUCCUACGAGGAGAUGCAAGAGCACUAUCCGCAGGAAUUCGCGUGGCGCGACCAGGACAAGCUGCGUUAUCGUUAUCCCUGGGGCGAGAGUUACAUCGACGCGAUGCAGCGUGUCGAGCCGGUGAUCGCUGAGCUGCAGCGCUCGAACAACGUGCUCGUGGUGUCGCACCAAGCGGUUCUGCGAUGCAUCAUCGGCUUCUUCCUCGACAAGAAACCCGAGGAAGUGCCCUACAUGGAAGUGCCGCUGCACACGAUAAUCCGCCUCACUAGCCAAGGGCAUUACUACAAGCUCGAGUUCAUCAAACUGCCGAUCGAAUGCGUCGACACCACUCGCGUCAAGCCGAAGAAUUGCAGCGGCGACCGCACUGCGGCCGACGCUCUGAUCACAGUGCCCGCGCACUUCGACAUACCGGACCCUUGGAGGAAUCCUGGCAACGGACCCACUCUGGUGCAACAGCAUUAAGGGAAAGCUUGAUCCCCAAAGUAGCGUAAGCCGAAUUCUGAAACACCGUGUGCUUCACCGAUGAUUCCUCGCGAGCGAUCCGCGAGAUUAACUGCACAUCUUAGAUCCUGUGAACCGCCUUACUCUAACGGGUGAUACUUAACCGAUGGCAUAGCUCUCUCGGUGUACGCAAACUCUUUAUUCAGAAAUUGCCAAAUAUUUUGUAAAGCACAAUAUGAAUAGCACGGAAAAUAGUGACGGAUAGAAGUGAAACACGAAGAAUAUAAUUCUCCUGGAAGGAAUUUUAUGCGAAGCUGAAAGAAAAGAUGCAAAACGAUCGAUGGAGUCGACGUGAUGUAACGAUUUACCUACUUCGGUUAAAGUUAGUAACGUUCAUAAGUUGAUUUGCGCCAAGUUCGAAAUAAGCUUAGCUUAAGUCAACAAGUAGCUGCGGCAUCAUGCUGGUGCUGCUGGAAUUAUUUAUUCCGAGUAGAUUUGUCCGUAGUUUCAAGGGGAUAAUUCACUUGUGUACGGGAGGAAAUUGAGUUGUUAUCUCAUUAGCAGCGGCUGAAACGAAUCGAUUAUUCUUAUCUUGCAUGCGCGCCAACUCGGCCGAUAUUUAACACGUAGAAGCGAUAUUUGGUACGAAUCUUAGUCAGAAAGAUCUUCCGUUUAAUGGGGAACACGCACAGACCCGAACAUAUAUCUUUGACACUGAUCGUCGGCGAAGUUCCGCUAAUAUCUUGUAUCAACUUCGACGACAGGUCUACGAUACUACGACACGCCUCUUCCAUGAAUAGCAAUUGGAAGCCCAUCGCUCGGCGCAUCGCGUGAUGUUACGUUACGUUAGUAAUUCGUAAAGUUACACGAGUAAUGUGAGCGGUAAUUCGUGUUAUAGAUUAAUAUGGAAUAAAGCGCGCCACCUGUCACGUUAAACAUAUACGUUUAUAGAUUUCUACAAAGAGCAGAAUUUAAAGUUGAAAAUUUUUUGUGAUAGGAAGGGAGAGAGAGAGAGAGAGAGGAGGGAGGGGGGAGCAAAAAAAUUAUGGACAUUGAAAAUUGAAAUCGUUGUAUUUUCGUACUUUAGAAUUUCAAAAGGCAAUUUCUCCCUUAACCUGUUAACCGGGGAAUUCCUUUUUUAAUUACGCAACAUAUAACGGGCGUUUCAGGGCGCAACACAUAUUUCAAGGACGUAUUCAUAUGUCCUACCCGUACCCGAUAUUGUUUACGUUUGACGUAUUUAUACGUCCCGCUCGGUUAACAGGUUAAGAUACGUUACGAAACUUUUAUUCUGUACUGUGAUCGUUAGUAUUUCCGUCGGAUGCACUAUCUCCUCUUUUGUUGAUACAUGUCAUCGAAUUAGUAAUAAUGUUGAAUAACGAGAGACGAAUAAGUGGUGAAAACGUUCGAAUAUACGGAAAUUAUCGCACGUGUAACACUCGACUUUCAUAUUAUCAUGAAUUAAUUAUGUGUCCGGCCUCUUUUUGUAACGACGUUCGAAACGGUAGAAUAUUUAUCUGACUAUUCUAAGACUCUAUUCUUAUAUUUUUAUAAAGAUAUAUAUAUAUAUUAGAUGUAACACCAUGUAGCAGUUUUGUUUAUGACGAUUAAUGCGUUUUAUACUUUAAUCAGCAAUGCAAUGUCUGUAUAUUUUUACUCGUAGUUUAUAAAUAUCAAGUUAUUCAUUAUGUAUUCAUUGUCUUCGAGGAUAAUUACAUCUAUGAGUUGGGAUAAAAGUAGAAAUAUACAAUGCUUCAGGUAUGACAAAAUUUUCUCGUCAAAAUGCUCCAUGGCCAUAUUACUUAUAUCCCGCAGCUCUCUCAUGUGCUUCAGACGGUGUUUUUGUGUCACUCAAAGAACACGGAAAAUAUUAUUGAUUACUUUAUAAGAAAUAAAGCAGCAAAUGACCAUCUUCAUAUAUCGGUUAAACAUCGCUGAUAAUUUCGAGUUCUAGGGAGACUCUAUCGAGCAUAUCGCGAGUGACAGGGUCUUUAAUUCCUUAGAUCCGAUUUCCUUGAUAAUUUACUUUUAAUUGCGCGCGAUACUUCUACGUGAAAUUGAAAAAAUGCAGCAAAUUCUAUAUUUAGUAUAAAUAUGUUGCAUUGCAUCUGCAAUAUAGAUAUUUUUAAUUCAGUAUGUUAAUCUGUAGAUAUAUUUAACAUUAGAAUGUGUUUUCAGCGUAAUAUCACGCGCGAUGUGAUAUGCAGAACAUCGGACGUUGUAACGAUACACGUGCAUUUUGACAGUCGCGAAUCAUUAGUCGUGUGUUGAGUUCUUUAAAUUCGAAAAUUGUAUGUUACAAGUUGCAUGGGUUUGCGAUCAUUUCAGUGUAAUUAUAAUGUUGAUAAAUAGGCGGUAUUUUGUGGAGAAAUAGAUAAAUUAAUGUUCAUACGCCGGCAUUUUAUUUCGUGUGUGUUUUUUUAUGAUAGUUUGCCGCAUAAAACACGCAUAAUAAGUGAACGCGAGGUUCCUUGAGAUUCGACGACAGAACCCGCACUUCCGGAAAUUAUUAUAGUUCGAUAAUUUUACUUGUUUUAAGAAAACCUGUUUAUGUGUGUUAUGUACGUCUUCCUCUUUAACACGAACGUCUAGUCGAUCUUCCGACGUCUCGAUCGCAAAAUAUUUCGUAACUCUAACGCAACGAGAGGUAAACUAUAAUCUGUAAUAUAUACAAGAGUUAAGACAUGUUAUUCAUACAGAGAGUUUGGAAAUCUUAAGUUUUUCAUUUGUACACUCUGAAUAAACAUUUUUUACAAAAUC